AUGCUUCCAAUAGUGCUGCAACAAGGUCAAGACAACCCCCAGAAUGAGGCAAUAUUCAGGUCAGCACCAAUGACAUUGGUUCAGUUUUAUGUGACUAUUGAGCUAGCUCGAGAUGUUGUUUAUACGUUAGGAAAACUCGGAGAUGUUCAUUUCAGGGAUUUGAACUCGAAGUUGACACCGUUUCAAAGGACAUUUGUAAACGAGUUACGGGGCAUUGAUAAAAUAGAAUCACACUUAUCGUUUUUACGGAGCAUGAUGGACAAAUAUGAUACUUUAGGAGCAACACCAUAUCUGAGUUUACAGGCUGAUCAAAGACCCUUACCAUCUGCAUCGGAAAUGGACAAUACCAGAGCUGAGGUUACUACAUUUUAUGAAAGAAUCAAACAUCUUGAUAACUCAUAUAAUUCGUUGGACCAGCAAAAGUUCAAAUACAUUGAAAACCGGUACGUGGUCACCGCUGUCAAUCGAUUCCAUUCAUCGUCUUUGGCGAGAGUGGAUGACAUUGAUCAGCGUUUUGCAAUUCAUGGUGAUACAGAUGAUGAAGAUAAUGUAGCGUUGUUGAACAAUAGAAAUAAUAGCUUGGAGGAUCCAGUAAUCGAUGCUGCCAUUCUCGAAGACUCAGGCUUUAAUUCCAUUUCCGGAUCUAUAGCAAGAGAAAAAGUGCCUCUCCUAAGAAAUAUAUUGUGGAGAACAUUGAGAGGUAACUUAUUCUUUCAUGAUAUACCCAUAGAAGACGAAAAAAUGUCCAACUUUAGUGUGAAAAAUCCCGAAUUUAUAGACAAAAAUGUUUUUAUGGUAUACAUACACGGGGAGUUUUUGAAACAGAGAGUCAGAAGAAUUAUACAAUCUCUAGACGGGAUAAUUUAUGAUAAUGUAAAUGGAGGAUCCAGUGCAAGAGCCGAAACCUUGACUGACUUGAAUCACAAAAUUGAGGAUUUAAAUAAUGUUGUGCUGAGCACAAGAGAACAUUUAAUAGCUGACUUACUCAUUUUCCAAGAAGGCUAUCUCGAUAGAUGUUAUUUAGUUCAAAGGGAGAAGUUCAUAUAUCAGACUCUAAACAAGUUUGAUAUGGAUGGUACGAGAAGGUGUCUCGUAGGAGAAGGAUGGAUUCCUAAAUCUGAUUUUUCAACCUGCCGACAAACAUUGAAAAACUUAAUCCACCAAAAGUCCCGUCACGUUAUACCAGAAAACAACUCUCAGGAAUCAAUUUCUUUAUCUGCUGAGAAUACAGAUACACGAACAACCCCUGAUCCAGAAAACUCCGAUAAUUUAUUUGCAAUUGGUGAUGCAAAUGUAGAUGAUACUAUAGAUGCAGAAAAUGAAGAUUACAAUUCCUUAGUUGCAGUCGUUAAUGAACUUUCUACAAACCGUACUCCUCCAACCUAUCAUAAGACAAAUAAGUUCACAUCUGCUUUCCAACUGAUCAUUGAUGCAUAUGGUAUUGCUACUUAUCAAGAAGUGAAUCCAGGACUAGCAACGAUUAUCACUUUCCCAUUUAUGUUUGCUAUUAUGUUUGGUGACUUAGGGCAUGGGUUCAUUGUAUUCUUAAUUAGUUUGUAUUUGAUUAAGAAUGAAUCUCAUUUUGGCCCAAUGAAGAACAAGGAUGAGAUUUUUGAAAUGGCUUUCAAUGGUAGAUACAUUGUUUUAUUAAUGGGAUUUUUUUCUAUGUACACAGGUUUCAUUUAUAAUGAUAUUUUCUCGAAAUCAAUGAGUUUUUUCAAAUCUGGCUGGGAAUGGGAGUUCCCAAAAGAUUAUGAUUUUGGAAAGGAUGGUCCAGUUACUCUUAUUGCUAAGAAAAUACCAGGACACACUUACAUUUUUGGAUUAGACUGGGCAUGGCAUGGAUCUGAAAAUAAUUUGUUGUUUACAAAUUCGUAUAAGAUGAAAUUAUCUAUUUUGAUGGGUUUUAUACACAUGAAUUAUUCGUUAUUUUUCAGCUUAGUAAACUAUAGAUAUUUCAAAUCUAGAGUUGAUAUUAUUGGUAAUUUUAUUCCAGGGUUUUUAUUUAUGCAAAGUAUUUUUGGUUAUUUGUCACUUACUAUUGUAUACAAGUGGUCUGUUGAUUGGAUAGGUAAAGAGAAGCAGCCACCAGGAUUGUUAAACAUGUUGAUUAAUAUGUUCUUGGCACCUGGUAAUAUAGAGGAACAACUUUAUCCAGGCCAAAAAUUUGUCCAAAUUGUUCUUGUAUUGAUUGCAGCAAUUUGUGUCCCUUGGCUUUUACUUUAUAAGCCAAUGACAUUGAAGCGUCAGAAUAAUAAAGCCGUAGAGCUAGGAUAUUCCGAUUUGCAUUCCCAAAUGAACCACAGUCUCCAAAUGCACGAAGAAGAAGAAGCAAUCAUGUUGGAAAAUCAAUUGAACAAUGAUCCUCCUGAUGAAGUAGAUAUGUUGGAUGACAAUUUUAGAUUCCCUAAUGAUGUUGAACCAUUAUUUCAUAAUUCUGCUGCUCAUUCUGAUGAUCAUGAUUCAUUCAAUUUUGGAGAUAUCGUUAUUCAUCAAGUUAUCCAUACAAUUGAAUUUUGCUUGAAUUGUGUUAGUCAUACAGCUUCAUAUCUUAGAUUAUGGGCUCUAUCUUUAGCCCAUGCUCAAUUGUCAACAGUUUUAUGGUCAAUGACUAUUCAAAAUGCAUUCGGUACUUACGGUGGUUGGGGUAUAUUUAUGACAGUAGUAUUAUUUGGUAUGUGGUUUAUUCUUACAGUUUGUAUUUUAGUUUUGAUGGAAGGCACUUCGGCUAUGUUGCAUUCUUUAAGAUUACAUUGGGUUGAAGCUAUGUCAAAGUUUUUUGAAGGUGAAGGUUAUGCAUAUGAACCUUUCACAUUUGAGUCGAUUGAUAUAUAA